CGUGAACGUCGUGCGCGCUCACGACACACCAGGAAAUAUGGCGGCGCUCAUGACGCUCAGUCAGCUAUCAAGUGGAAAUGCAGCUUAUGAAACUUAUUACAGACGGCUUGAUCCCGGGAACACAGGCAAAAUCUCAGCCGGCGAUGCAGCUCCGUUUCUUAAAAAGUCUGGAUUAUCAGACAGUACACUUGGGAAAAUUUGGGAUUUGGCAGAUUCUGAUAGAAAAGGAUAUUUGGAUAAGCGGGGAUUUUUCAUUGCUCUGAGACUGGUGGCGACAGCACAGGGUGGAAAUGAUAUCAGCCUCAAUAACCUAAACCAAACCGCCCCUGCACCCAAAUUUAGAGACACUGACAGCCCAUUAUUAAGUGUGUCAGCACCAGCAUCUGACUCUCAGUGGGCAAUUAAACCUGAUGAAAAAGGGAAGUUUGAGGGAAUAUUUGAAAGUCUGUCCCCCGUGAAAGGUCUUCUCUCUGGUGAGAAAGUCCGACCGGUUUUGAUAAACUCCAAGCUACCUUUGGAUGUGUUAGGAAAGAUUUGGGACUUAAGUGAUGUGGACAAAGAUGGACACCUGGACAAAGAGGAAUUUACAGUGGCCAUGCAUCUUGUGUAUCGUGCCAUGGAAAAGGAACCUGUCCCGAGCAGUUUACCGUCUUCUCUGAUCCCACCUUCUAAAAGGAGGAAAUCUGCGCCUACGCUUCCUGGUGCAGUGGCUGUGCUGCCUGCUUUGUCCGGUCUGUCGUCCAGCCCGGUUCCUCUCAGAGACUCCCUGCGAAGCACUCCUCCUCUUGGGAGUUCUGCUCUAGGGAGCACAAGCCCCCUCAGCUCCAGCGCUAUCAACCUUUCCCCAAAACACUCCUUUAAAUCCAGCUCAGCGCCAGCGGUGAAUUGGGUGGUACCGGUGGCUGACAGAGAGAAAUAUAACGAUCUUUUCAAGAAGACUGAUGUCAGCAAAAAUGGCUUCAUUACAGGAACUGACAUCAUAGAGAUCUUCAUGCAGUCCAACCUCUCUCAGACAAUGCUGGCUCAGAUAUGGGGUCUUGCUGACACAAAACAGACGGGCAAGCUGAACCAGGAACAGUUUGCUCUGGCCAUGCAUUUCAUCCAGCAGAAGGUGAACAAAGGCAUAGACCCUCCCUCUACCCUCGCUCCAGACAUGAUCCCCCCAUCAGAAAGGACUUCAGCUUCGAGCACUAGUUAUUUGGGGCUUCUUUUUUCUGUGAGACCAGACCUCGCUUCAACGGCUAAUGUGUGCAGAGACAGCGCCAGCUCCGUUGGGCCCGUAGAGCUGACAGGCAUCAAAGAGCUAGAUGACCUCAGCCAGGAAAUAGCUCAGCUGCAGCGGGAGAAGUUUUUCCUGGAGCAAGAGAUUAAGCAACAGGAGGAAACAAUUAGGCAAAAAAACACAGAUGUUCAGGAUGCGCAGAGUGACUUGGAUAGAGAACAAAACAGUUUGCACAGCCUGGACUCCCAGAAGCAGGAUGCCCAGGUAUGCCUGGAUGAAAUGGACCAGCAGCGCUCCAAACUGGAGGGAAUGUUGAACGAAGUGAAGCAGAAGUGCCAGGAAGAGAACCAACAGAUCUCAUCGCUGCAGAGCCAGAUCCGCUCUAAAGAGACGAACCUCCGCAGCCAGGAAGACGAGGUCGGUCGCACCAAGCUGGACCUGAGUCGGCUGCAGGACGAGGAGUCCCAGCUGGAGCAAAGGUUGCUCUCUGGUCGCGUCCAACUGGACAGCUUAGUCAAGUCACUCAAAACCACCCAGGAGGAAAUUACUCAGGCUCGCAGUAAGCUGUCACUGAUCCAGGACAAUCAGAAGGAAUUGAGCAGAACCAUUGAGCAGUACAAUAACGCUUUGAGUGAAAUCAGCAGGGGGAACUUCAGCAACCUGCCGGACUUGAGUGAAGGCUUCGCUGAGAGGGAAAAUGGAGGUUUCAGAACCACGGAUACCUCCUUCAAGUCAAGGAUAGCCAUGUUCAACAACAGCAGUGCUAAGGAGCCUUCGGCAGACCCUUUCCAGACAGAAGACCCCUUCAAGUCCAACCUCCUGAAAGAUCCAUUUGGAGAAGAUCCUUUCAAAGAAAAUGAUCCCUUCAAAGGUACCUCAUCUGAUGAUUUUUUUAAGAUGACCGACAAGUCAAACUUGUUUGGAUCUGCAGACCCUUUUGGGAGGAAACCCCCGCCUCCAGCCAAGCCAAGAUCUUUCAGCAGUGCGGACCGCUUCAAAUCAAGCAGCCCAAAACCAGAUUUAUUAGGAAAAACGGACCCCUUUGGGAGCAGUUCCUUAGGAGGAAAGGGAGGUGGAUUUGCUGACUUUAGUAAGAUGUCAAAGAAGUCCGAUAAUCCUGUGGUUCCAGCAAAGAAAAAUGUGUCUAACCGGCCUGCACCCCCUUACGGAACUGAGAAAGUGAAGGUAAGAGCGUGUCAGGGUGUGGUGAUCAAUCCUCUGCAUGUGAGCAGCUUCUUUGCGCUGAAUUAUCUGAAUGAUGUGAUUGAUGUGCAGUUAUUGCUUAUAAGUUUGCUCUGCUGCAGUGAUUCAGUUUGGGGAAGCGUGAGCAUAUAGCUUUUGUAUUAGCAUAGAAUUGCUAUUUGUAAAAAAAGAAAAUCUUUUAAGCUUUUAAUUUAGCUUUUUUUUGCUUGUUGUGAUCUGUAAUUAUCUUUGCAUCAUUUUUAUUGUUUUUAUUUUGCAGCUAAUGAUGUUAAACUGUAUUUUUAGUCUACCUUUGUCCAAUGUGUGUGCUAUGCCAGUCUUUUUUUUUAAUUUUCAAAUCUAACAUUAGUAUUUAUGCUGUAGUUUGGAAGUGAGAACCAGCAGCUGGAGUGGGCCAAGCGGGAGAGUGAACGUGAGGAGCAGGAGAGGCGGAGGAGGCUGCGGCUGCAGGAGCAGCA